AUGUCUGGAAUCGCGAGAGAGUACAGCGACAUACUUGGUGAUUCAUAUGUCGCUGGUUUAUGGCGAAACUUCAUGCUGAGGGGACUAGCCUGGCAGUCCAGCGUUGGCUGCAAAGCCGUGAGUGAGUAUUGUGCGCCGUCCUGGUCAUGGGCCUCUGUCAUGGCGCAUUCGGUGGUGACCUCGAUCAAAGGAGAGAACCCGUCCGGCAGGGUGAAGGCCGGUUGGAUCAAGAUCGAUGCGCCCCUCAUUCUGCUACUUCUUUCUGAUACCAAGGGGCCUGUCGGGAACAUACGCCUAAAGACGGUAAACGGUGACCAUGACGAUGAUAUAGCCAGCUUUGAUACAAUCGGCAGAGACUUUGACGACUCAUCGGAGUUGGUUAAGGCCAUGGAACUUUAUGCAUUGGUUCUAGCUGAUAUCUCGGAUGACAGGAUUCGCGAGAAUUUACCUCUGAGCAAAGAGCCCAUUCACACAUCUCUGAUCAUAACGCCUGCUGGUCACGAUGUGAAGGCGAUGAAGAGGAUUGGCCGGAUGCUCUUGGAACCAAAGUCCUUCGGACCUGACGAGCUUAGCACGUCGCGGUCUCUGGUUACUCUUAUUUGACACCCAGGCUUGCAGAGCUAAUAUUCACGAGCCUGGAAUUGUCGCUGAUGCAAACGCUCGCAUGUGGGUCACAGUACAGGGGAGCUUCCAAUGAAUCCAUGAUCUCACCAUUGAUGGCAAUACAUCGCUCUGGUCGAUCUGCUCGUUAGUGUCUGUACAUGUAUUAGGGAAUAAUAUGCCGCGGGUAGUUUCGUUUUUCGUGGCAGAGUAGAG